CAUAUCAUGGUUGCAAUUCUUGUAUAGUGGAAGGUAGUUUUAUUAAUAAUCGAAUGGCAUACUUAGAUAUGAAUGCCAGUUUGAGAACAGAUCAAUCGUUUCGUACUAAACAAGAUGAAUUUUAUCACAAAGACUCUAGUCCAUUAGAAGAUUUACCAAUUGAUAUUACUAAAACAGUUGUUAUAGAAUAUAUGCAUAACAUAUGCUUAGGGGUCACAAAAAGAUUAAUAACGUUUUGGACAAAAGGGAAAAAACCUGUUAGAUUGUUAAAGCCUGAAGAGUUAGUUACCUAACCUUUAGAUAGUUUAAAACCUUUAAUGCCUUCAGAAUUUAAUCGACUACCCAGGUCUUUAGAUGAAGUUGAAUUCUGGAAGGCAACAGAAUUUAGGACUUUUGUUCUGUAUAUUGGGCCAGUUGUUCUUAGAGGUCGAUUAAAACAAUCCUUUUACAACCAUUUCAUGCUGUUACAUUGUGCCAUCAGGCUUCUUAUAUGUCCUGAAACAUGUCAUACUCAUAAUUCUAUAGCUAAAACUUUAUUAAAUAAAUUUGUUCAUGAUUAUUCUUAUUUAUAUGGUGAAGAAUAUGUGGGUUAUAAUGUUCAUAAUCUAAUACAUGUGGCUGAUUUUGUUUUAAUCCAUGGUGCCUUAGAUACAUUUAGUGCAUUUAAAUAUGAAAAUUAUUUGCAGUUUAUUAAAAAGAGUUGUAAAAAUUCCAGGUACCCCCUCCAAGAUACUUACAACCGUAUAAUAGAACAAGGCUGCUACUUGUAUACAUGGCAUGAAGGAGAAAGUGGUCGUGGACCAAAUGAGAUUGGAUCAACUUUAAUACACUUUUUAGGUAUUCUUGAAGAACGUUACAAAACUGAGUCAAAUCCACCCACAACACUCAACUUGUAUUCCGACUCAUACUCCGCUUAA